AUGCUUAAGAUAAAUGUCGAAGUAAAUCAACUCAAAACAUAUCAUUCAAUUGAAGUGUAAACUAAUCAAAAGGGCACUAAUAUUUUGCAAUUACUCUUCAACAAAUUGGAUUUGGAUUAGGAGAUCAGAAAAAGCAUCUAGUGUGUUUUAAAGGUGGAGAAUACUAAAGUGGAUCCCAAUUUAACAAUUAGUGCACUUGAAAUUCACACUUAUUCAUAAGUGUAAGUUGUUUUCUCAAAAUUAAUCACGAUCGAGUGUGACCAUUAACAUUUAGGCUUAAUAAAAUUUGAUACAGAAGCGUUCGACUCGAUUAAUUAGUUUAGAAGCCAUUUGAUCACAAAUUUAGUAAAGAUCAAAUCAUGUGAGAUCUUAGUAUUUAAUUUAUAAAAUGGAACUAAAUUUGAAAAUGAGGCAUGGGCUAAAUAUGGGGUAUUUAAUAAUUUAAAGGUGGGACUCUAAAUUACAAAUGUAUAGAAAUUCAAAUUCAACGAUACCAUUCACCAAUUGAAGCUAGACGUCUUCUUACCUGUAGCAAAGAUUAUUGUUUACUUUAAGAAUGAAUUUAAAAUUAACGAUGACAUCAUUACUUUUAAGCAAAAUGACUUAUGGAUAACCCCGGAUAAAAUUUACUAUCAAUUAAAGCCUGAUGGAGAAAACAUUUGGUUUGCAGAGGUUUAAAAAGAGUUUAAUUUUAAAAUCAACGAGGAGCCCCAAGAGGCAAAGCAGAUCAAAAUACAUAAGGAUAAGGGUGUUUUUGAUUUAAUUAGAAUUGUGAGAGAAAUUUUUAAAAUAGAGAAAACUAUUCCAAUAAAAUUAGAGUAUAAGAUGAAUAACAAUUUUCUUGACAUAAACAAUUUGCUGAAACAAGAAUGGAUACAAACUUUUAGUCAUUUACAUCUGACCAGAGAUACAUCUGACAAUAAGAUCAACAUUAUGUUGUUAGAUAAAAGCACUCAUAAGAAGUAAAUCGAGAGAGUGGAUGUAAAUUCAACUCUAGCUGAUUUAGAUAAGUUCAUAUCACCUAAUGAAAACAUUUCCUAUUAUGUGGGUGAUGACAAGAAGCCUAGAACUAGAACAUUGAGUCUAAAUACAUUAGAUUUGUAAUCUGAGAGCGUAAUUCAUUACCAAAUUACCAUCAAUCAAGAUAAUCGAUAGCAUUCUUUUGGGUUUGAUGUUUAAAAAAAUAGUUAAUAUAUAGAAUAGUAUUCCCAAAUACAUUAGCCAAGUGAAGAGACACUCAAUAUUAAAUUUACAAAUAAAAACACAAAGAUCUCUGUUGAUGUUCCUGUUGACUCUUCUACAACUGUUGGUGAAGCAUUACAAAAAAUUAUUAUGAAUGAAACUUUUUCAGAACUAAGGUUCUAUAAAGUUCUCUUUAACAAUGAAAAGGUUGAGAUGAAUACUAAAUUUGAGAGUUUAAAUAUCUCUACGAAUUAUUUACUAUUAUACUUCACUGAAUUUAUAAAAGUACAAGCCUAUGUAGAACAAAUUGUCUAAACAAUUACUAUCGAUUAGAACUCUUCAAUUAAUCAAUUAGAAUAACAAUUUAGAACGGAGUUAAAGAUUGAUAAUUCCUUGUAUCUUGAGUUGAGUAGUUCUGAAAACAAGAACUAGAAAUUGAAGGACUUUUUAAUUAAAAAUCCAAAUUAUAAAUUUGAGUUUAAGAAAAAACAAGAAGUCAUAGCAUAGACAAAACCAUAAAUAAAGUAACUAGAGUUCUCUGUAUUCAUAGUUAGUCUUAAUACUCAAAAAUAAAUUAUGGUCCAAUAGAAUAGUGUCUGCUAGUCUCUUUUUGAUAAAAUCAAGUAUUAAUAUAAUUUGCCGAAAAAUCAAGUAAUUAAAUUGAUGGUGGGUGAUAAAUUGAUUGAUCCAAAGGAAACUAUUGUAAAUAUCAGUAAUUUAAUAAUACAAACUAAAAAGUAAUUGACAGCUGAGUUUCUAACCUACUUAGAGUUGGAUUUUGAAAAUCUCACAACAAAACACACUUAAAAAGUUUAAGCAAACCUCGAGGAUACAUUAGAGUAGGUUGCAUGUUAAAACAAGAUGAUUGGGUGGACCUUCACUUGCCAGUAGAAUAAGUUAGAUGUGUCGAACUAAAUAAAGGAUUAACCUAUAGAAAACAAUUCUAAAAUCUAGUAUCAAGAGAAAUUAAUUACUUUUGAAAGCAGUAGGAGUGGAUAGAAGUACGAAGUAAAAGUGCAACCAGAGGAUACUCUAAACAUAUUGAUAGAUCGACUAGAUGUGCAAAUCCAUAAAAUUUAUCAUAGGGAUGAUGCACUGGAAUUGACAACGAAGAUUAAAAAUAUAGAUUUGAGUAGUGGGGACAAAUUGAUAUUCGACGAUAAAGAAGAUCUUAAUUAACCAUCUGGAAACUUUUCUGAUGUAUACGAAAAGUAUAGUGUCAAAGUUUAAGUUGGAGAAAGGGAACUAACUUAUCUUAGUCAUCCAAAUUUGAUUAUUGGUAUCUUAAAACAAACAAUUUAUAAUUAAAUGAUAAAAGAUCAAGGAAUAGAAAUCAGUAAAUAUUGUUUGAUGCAGAAUGGUCUAGUUUUGGAUGAUUAGCAAAUAAUAUCUAAUCUGUGCAAGAAUAAUCUAGUCGAAUUAGUAUUUGCGUUGAAUUAAACUUAAUGA